GCUAUGACUUAAUGCAAACAACACUUGCAAUAAAUGACUAAUAAUUUUAUUAUUAAAAAAAAAUUAUUAUUUAUUUGUGUUUUAAAACACAAAAACCGUUUAAUAAUUCAACACUUUUUCUCAAUCUAUUAGAUCCCUGUCCUCAACAACAACAACAACAACACACUUACCGCCCGAUACUGAUUGACUGUCCACUGACCGACCGAUAGACCGAAACAUAACAACCAUUCGUUGGCCAUCACAUUACCGAUUGAUCGACCGAUAGACCGACCGAAACACAACAACAACCACCCGUUGGCCAUMACAUUACCGAUUKAUCGACCGAUAGACCGACCGAUAGACCGACCGAAACACAACCACCCGUUGGCCAUAACAUUACCRAUUGAUCGACUGACCGAAACAUAACAACCAUCCGUUGGCCAUMACAUUACCGAUUGAUCGACCGAUAGACCGACCGAAACAUAACAACCAUCCGUUGGCCAUAACAUUACCGAUUGAUCGACCGAUAGACCGACCGAAACACAACAACAACCAUCCGUUGGCCAUCAUAUUACCGAUUGAUCGACUGACAGACCGACCGACCGAUACAAUGGUCUCAUUGAUACCCAAGUCGUUGAUUGCAAAACUAGUUGACGGCUCCUCAUCGUCGUUGGUCUCGUCGGCCAAAACAUCGCCGCAAGUAUUGAAUACACAAUUUUAUCAGCUAAACGAUGGCCAGCUCGAGCCCGGAGCCCGAAUAGUAAUCGAGGGACACAUGCGACCGGCGGCCCAACAUUUCGAAGUCAACCUAUGGUCCGGUCGAUUGGUUACAAAAGAGUUGGUCAAAUCGGGYGAUAUAGCCAUACAUUUUUGUGUCAAUCCUUCCGGCGGCUAUUCGCUGGUCAAUUCCCGUCUAAAUAGGCAAUGGGGUCGCGAAGAUAGGACACCCCGCGGACGACUGCCGCGACCACUGCUACAAAACCAGAAGUUUCAGUUAGUGUUUGCGCUGGACAUCGGCUGCUGGCAUGUAAUGGUCAACAAUAGUAGUAGCGUCGGUAACAACACUACGGGUGGUGGUGGUGCAGACCGAAUUCUGCUCAGUUUCCCGCAUAAGAUGCCAUUCAAUACCGUCGGUUUGGUUAGCUGUUACGGUGACGCAACCGUCGAGCACCUGGAAGUACAGCAACCGGUCACACAUACGGCUAGUGUGGCCAUCGAUAGCCAACAACAACAACAUUAUCAACCAAUGCCAGCACUGGUACCGUUACCAUCGGGUUCAGGUUCUGGUGGACUGCCGCCGGCCUAUCCGUCAAUCGCCGAUGAUUUCGUCCUAAAUGGUAGUUCAGAUCAUGUACUCUACAAUAUUCAAUACCCGUCGCUACCACUGUUGCAGCCAAUCAAGUGUGGCCUACAGCCGGGUAUGAUUGUGGCCAUAACUGGUCGACCACUAGAUUGUGGUGGCGGAGGUCAAAAUCGUUUCGAUUUCGGUCUAUUUCAGGGCCCGAACCCCUAUGAAGACCCACACAGGGAUGUUGUCUUUCAUUCGGAGGUCUAUAUGAAAGAACAGUCGAUUGUCAGGAACUCCUAUCAGCAGAACGAAUGGCGAACUCAAGAGAGAUAUUUAGAUCACUUUCCGUUUCAAUUGAAUACCGUAUUCAGGCUAACGGUUCGGGUCGAAGCCAAUCGCUUGAUGGUUGCCGUCAACAAUCGACACGUUUACGACUACUAUCAUCGGGUAUUGCCGCUGUCCACUGUUGACCAUAUAUGCAUACACGGCUCCGUCGAAGUCCAGUCACUGUGCGUUAUGAAUCCGCCGCUUUAGGGWUAGAUAUUUUACCCGAAAAAAAAUUUACCGCUUUUUUUUCUCGCCCACCAAUUACUACUACCACUACUACUACUACUACUACAUUGAGAGCUAUUAUUAUUAUUAUUUUUUUUGUUGAAAAUUUCAAAUACAUUAUUAUCUUAUAGUUAAUC